AGUCCCAUGUUGCAGUGCUGCUGAGAGACUCUUGCAGAGGCCCAAACUUUACAGUGGAGCACGGAGUCCAUCUUGUGGUUAAAUUUGGGUACUGCACACCAUGGUUAUUUGCUCUUUAGAGAGAGCAUAUAACAGAGGCGCGCUUUCUCUGCCACUGAACUCAAUCAGGUCGGCCAAACGCAAAUAAUAGCGCACCGCGCACUGGCCCUGAAGUCACUCAUUCACUUGAACUCAACUAGCGAACACACCAUGUCUGGAAGAGGCAAAGGCGGCAAGGGACUCGGAAAAGGAGGCGCCAAGCGUCACCGCAAAGUUCUCCGCGAUAACAUCCAGGGAAUCACCAAACCCGCUAUCCGCCGUCUGGCUCGCCGCGGCGGCGUGAAGCGUAUUUCAGGUCUGAUCUACGAGGAGACCCGCGGUGUCCUGAAGGUGUUCCUGGAGAACGUGAUCCGUGACGCAGUCACCUACACCGAACACGCCAAGAGGAAGACGGUUACCGCCAUGGACGUGGUCUACGCUCUGAAACGUCAGGGACGCACCCUGUACGGUUUCGGCGGUUAAACGCGCUCUCUUCGGAACCUCAACAACCCCGACUCGAACCCA